AGAGCACCAAUCAGCGGCAGAUCGGCCCGGGUGAGCGCCCUCAGCCGGAAACAGGAACUCCUUCACCUCUGAUGGGCCCAUGGGGCCCCGAACCCUACUGCUGCUCUCGGGGACCCUGUCCCUGACCCAGACCUGGGCAGGCCCCCACAGCCUGACGUACCUCCACGCUGCUGUGCACAAACACGGUGGCGGGAAGAACCGGUACAUCCGCGUCAUCUACGUGGACGACACGGAGAUCGUGCGGUUCGACAGCAACGCUUCGAGGCCGAAGCUGGAGCCGCGAGUGCCAUGGAUGGAGCAGUCGUGGGUGGAGCAGGAGGGUGCCCAAUUUUGGGAGGAGCAGACGAGGGAAAUCAAGCACAACGAACAGAGGAGCAGAGCGAACCUGAACAACCUGCACGCCCACUACAACCAGAGCCACGGGUCUCACACUUGGCAGGAAGUGACCGGCUGCGUCGUGGGGUCGGACAAGCGCUUCCUCCGCGGGUUCAGUCUGUUCGCCUACGACGGCGCCGACUACGUCGCCCUGAACGAGGACCUGGGCUCCUGGACCGCUCCCACAGGGAUCAUCUGGAGCAACGUUCUGCUGGUCCCUAAUGCGGACGUCCGGAGAGUCUUCCUGGAGGAUACGUGCGUGCGCCGGCUCAGCCUGCUCCUGGAGAAGGGGAAGGAGACGCUGCAAAGAGCAGACCCUCCAAAGACUCACAUGACCCGCCACCCCAUCUCUGACCAUGAGGUCACCCUGAGGUGCUGGGCCCUGGGCUUCUACCCUGCGGACAUCACCCUGACCUGGCAGCGUGAAGGGGAGGACCUGACCCAGGACAUGGAGCUUGUGGAGACCAGGCCUGCGGGGGAUGGAACCUUCCAGAAGUGGGCGGCUGUGGCAGUGCCCCCUGGAGAAGAGCAGAGAUACACAUGCCGUGUGCAGCACCAGGGGCUGCCUGAGCCCCUGACUCUGAGAUGGGAACCUCCUUCUCAGACCACCAUCAUCAUCAUCAUCUUUGUGGGCAUUGCUGCUGCCCUGGGUCUCCUUGUAGCUGUGGUCACUGGAGCUGUGCUGUGGAGGAAGAAGAGCUCAGGCAGAAGCAGGGAAAUAUAUGCUCAGGCUGCCUACAGUGACAGUGCCCAGGGCUCUGAUGUGUCUCUCACAGCUCCUGAUGGAUCCCUGUGUGCUGUUUCUGCAACCAGCGUGGAAAUGUGUCAGUGUUCUUAUCCGCAUCAUGUCAGGAGGUGGUCCCCAGGCUACCCUCACUACAGGGACCUGUGUCCUCUCCCCUGCAAACUGUACUAGCAGAGUUGGGGUGAGGCCAUCCCCAUCCGGAUCAUCCUCGUCUGGGUCAUCUCUGUUAGUCCUUUGUCCUUGCCACUUCAGGAGAACCUUGUGCCACCAGGACCUGGGAUCCUAGGGACUUGAGGGUCACCCAGACCUUGUCCUAGCUCCAGCACUGUGCUCAGUGAGGGCUUCCUGUGGCCACUUCAGCCUGGGCUCAGGCCUGGGUCUGUCCUGCAGCCCCUAUCUUUUGAGUACUUGUACUUUUUUUUUUGUAGAUAUUGUACAUUUUAAGACUUUUUAAAAAUAAAGUUA